CUUUUUUUGUUCAUGUAUGUUGCCCAAGGAUACAAAUUUGAGAAGUUGAUGCGACUGACAAAUUGUUUUGAUUGUGAUUUUUAGACACAAAAGUGCUCGUUGUCUCAUUUGUAGUGUUAUCAUACCAGAAUCCGAAAUGUCUCAAACAGAGUUAGAUGAUAUACAGCUACAACUGAAAGCAGCCAUACAGAAUCAUCAGAAACUUGUGUCAAAGAUUCAGCUUCAACCUCAGGAUAAUGGUUUGAAGAUUCAGCUGCACAACCUACAAAAAGACAUUAUGAGCAUGAGCCAGAAGCAGAAAAUAGCUGUUCAGAAGCUAAGAAAGGAUUUAAUUGAAAGACAACCCAAAGGCAGAGACAAUAACGAGGUAUUUAUAGCUUAAUAGAAACAUGAAGAA